UCUCUAUUGGCGAUGACUGUUACUCCUUCUGUUCCCCCACCCACUGGUCCCUGGUGGGAACCUUUAGCAAAGCACGACGGCGACGGAAACGAGGACAUCAAAUCAAAGAACAAUAGCUCAGCACAUGGCACAAGAUUUCAUAAGGCUCACAAUAAGGUAAAGGUGGACGGACACGAGUUCAAUUGCGACCAUUUCAUAUCCAGAAACGAUCAUGGUACCUGGUGUGGCUGUGCGUUUCUGGGGUGCACAGGGAGUCACAACUGUCAAGAUGGAAGUUGGCAUUGUUUUAUCAAGAAUAAAAAUUAUGAUUACCGCCGCAUCACGACUGGCCAAACAGGAGAUUGUGACUGCCAUCAUGAAUAUAACAAACAUGGAUAG